UAUUUUUAAUCUGGCAAACAAGAUAAAAACCCACAUUCUGAUAUAUUUAUAAUUAUUAAGUGGCCAUAUCUUUUUUUUUUCUUCUUUUGUUCCUAACUCAAUGCAUAAUUGUAUUGUAUUGGAUGUAACCAGGCAAUAGUUUGAAUUAUAACUGCAAUUUCUGUAAUGCUCUUUUCCUCAUACUUAGCCUUGUUUAGUUUAGCAUUACCCUGGUUUUUUCUUCUGCUUUCAUCAUAUGUGAAGCACUUGGUGUUAAUUUUGUGUAUGAAAAGUCAUCAUCUACAGAUAACAACUGAUUAAUCACACAAAUGACAAACAUUUGUAAAAUGCAAAUAUAUAUAUAUAGAAAUUCAAUACAACAUAUUUUAUACAACUCAGUCUGUCAAAUACUGUGUGCAGGCUGGCUGAUAGAAUAAAAACUUGUCAGCGUACUUUGAUAGGUCAGAUUCUCAAAUAUCUUAUACCUCUGUUCAGUGAUAUUUAACUCCAGGAGCAUCAAACUCUGUUUUGUUUUCAUGAUUUUAAUCAUUUUUGUUCAACCCUAACUGAUAAUCCUGAACCACAUUUAGCCUCCUGCAUGACAUAACACUUAAAAAAAAUUAUGUAAAUGUAAGUGAGUGGUUUGUUCCGCACUCAAAGUAAAUAUAAGAGAUAGCUUAUGGAUGGCCAACAAAUUAAAGAGACAUGCAUGCAACACAAAAUGAGAAAAUCAUAAUGGUGGAUGAUGAUAUUACAGAUUCCCCCAGUCUGAGAGAGACUGAAAAAGGACUGUGUACAAAAGUAGGGAAAAGACAGCAUUUUAGCUUGUUAGCUUAAUAAGCUGACAAAAUAACAAUGUUUCCUCCAGAACUUUCUCACCUAUCCUGUUUGGCCAUCCUCUAAAAUUGUUGUGCAAUUGUAGUACACUUCUUGGUCCUCUUCGAGAUGUUGAUGUCUGCCCCUGUGGAAUUAAUUAUGAGUCAGUAACCCUUCACCCAUUGAAUGAGCAACAGUGCAUGAAAGAAAGUUUAUUGGUUGAUUUGAAAUCCCAGAGCUACUGUAGAUUUUUUUCAUUUCAAAAGAGAAUCUCAUAAAUGAGCUGGUUACAAAGCAGAUCCACAUGUCUUAACAAUGAACAAUGUUUCAGAAAUUUCUCAUUUUUUUCUUUCAGGUUUAAAUGAGACAAGGAAUUACCAAUCAACUCUUUUCUUUCUCACUUUCUUGUGUUAUGUUAUAAUCAUUCUUGUAAAUGUUUGUGUUGUUCUGACUAUAGUCUUGAAUAAUGAACUCCAUGAACCAAUGUAUAUUCUGCUCUGUGCUAUUUGCAUGAAUUCCCUUUAUGGAACAGCAGGUUUCUAUCCUAAAUUUCUGUCAGAUCUGCUCUCUCCUGUUCAUGUCAUCUCUUAUUCAGGCUGCCUUCUGCAGGCUCAGGUGUUGUACUCCUUUGCCUGCAGUGAUCUGUCCAUCCUUGCCCUCAUGGCAUAUGACCGGUAUCUGGCUAUAUGUCGACCACUGGAGUACCACUCCGUUAUGUCGAAGCAGAGAGUCAUCACAUUGGUUUGUCUUGCUUGGUCAAUACCUUUCUGCAUUAUGGCUGUAAACACUGUCCUUGCAUAUAGGUUGAAGUUAUGCAGCCCAUACAUUAAUCGAAUCAUCUGUUUGAUCUUGAGCAUUGUUGUGCUUGCUUGUUUUCCAUCUGAAACGACUGUUAACAGCGUAGUAUCAUAUAUUACAAUAUUAUUUUACGUAAUUCACUUUUUGUUAAUUUUGUGGUCCUAUAUGUUUCUCAUCAAAACUUGUGUUGGUUCUUUAGAAAACAGGAGAAAGUUCAUGCAAACAUGUGUGCCACAUUUGAUCUCGCUGUGCACUUUUUCUCUAACUAUCCUUUUUGAUGUUAUAUAUAUUCGAUUUGGCUCAAAAUAUUUACCUCAAACAAUUAAAAACUUCAUUUGUAUAGAAUUUCUCAUCAUUCCUCCUAUAAUGAAUCCACUUAUUUAUGGGUUUAAGUUGAGUAAAAUACGAAAUAAAAUUUUAAGUGUGGCCACUAUGAAAAUGAAAUAAUGCUUUUCUAAAAAAAAAAUCUUUGAUAAAGUAAUGUCUUGCCACUUUAGAGGCAAAAUAAAGAGUCCACAAUUAUAAGCAUAAUUUGUCUUUUUAAAGACUGAUGCAACAAAUUCUUCCUGUCAGUAAUUUAUGUGGCUUUGGUGUUAGAAUCUGUUUUAUGUGCAAUGCAUUUUUUUGUUUUGUUUUAUUGUUUUAAUUAAUACAUUUCUACAACUCUACAUGUCUUACAUAAAUGUAGAUUUUUAAUCUACCUUAAUUUAGGCUCUGUUUCAUUUUUUUAAAUAUUUAUAUUUAAUUUUAAUUACAUUCUUUUCCCAUUUUCACUUAAUAUUGUUGAUCUAGAAUUCAGAAUCAAUGCAUAAAGCAUAGAUGUCUCGUCAUCAUUAUCAGUAAAUAUUUCCUUUCCUCAGUCAUUUUAACCAACAUUGCCUCUGUAAUUUUUGGUAUUUCCCAUGCUUAGCUUUGUUAGCUUAUCUUUGUUUUGAUUUUUUUUGUUAUUAUUUUAUUUCCUUCCUAU